AUGAAGAUUGCCAUCAUCGGCGCUGGCAUUGCCGGAUGCGCAGUGUACCUCGAACUAAAGAAACAUUUGCCAAAGAUCGAGCCAUCUGCUGAAGAUCACGAGAUCACAAUUUACGAGGCCUACGACACCGGAAAAGAUGUCAUCUCAGACGAUCGAGAAGAAGGCGCGACGCAUUCGUCCACGCUCAUCGUCGGCGGCGGGCUGGGCAUCGCUCCCAACGGUCUCGGUGUGAUUCAGCGCCUUGACGAAGCUCUCCUCCGGGAUGUGACGCGCGGUGGAUAUGUGAUAUCGCGAUCCAACAUGAAGAAUAAGAAGGGGAGCCUGCUCAUGUGCAUCGACAUCAACAGUCCCGAUAUGAACGAGCCAGGGGGUCCCUCGAAGAAGCUCAACAUGGUGGCAAGCAGCCGUCACUCUCUUUGGAGGUGUCUGAGGACUCGCAUUCCCGACGCGGCCAUUGUCAACAAGCGAGUGUCACGAGUCGUCGCCAACUCGGAGGGGAGAAACAUUGUUCAAUUUGUCGACGGAAGCGAUUCUGUAGAUGCGGAUCUGGUGAUUGGUGCCGACGGCGUCAAGUCAAUUACCAAGAGAGCUCUUUUUCCGGACGCUGCAGAAGAUCCGUAUCCUCCACAUUACGAAGGCCUUGUCGGAAUCGGAGGCUUCGUCCCAGCAGCUGGCCUGGAAGAAUUCGUUGAAAAGGGUUCCAUGAACUUCAUCUUUGGAGGCAACGGCUUCUUUGGCUAUUUCUUCUCGGAGAGUCAUCCUUCGGAUCCUAAUCGCGAAUCUCCUUACGCGGUGUCUGAGCCAGGAGAUACACUCGCCUGGUGGUCCACAUAUGAGAUCAAGGAAUGCCCGGAUCAUAACACUCUGGACUUGGCCGACGUCUCCAGACGGCUGCGAGAGAGGCACGCACAGUGGAAAGAUCCAGUCAUUCAGCGAGUCAUUGAAUCCGCUCGAGUGACAAACAUGUAUCCCACCUGGACGUCGCCAUCGCUGCCAUCCUGGGAGCGCGAUGGCGUUGUCUUGCUUGGAGAUGCAGCCCAUGCUCUUCCAUCGACUUCCGGUCAAGGUGUAUCACAAGCAUUGGAGGACUGUGAGUCGUUCGCGCUGUUCCUGGCGCAUCAACUGUCACGGAGAGACUCCAGCAGCCCUACGACGCAGAGACAGGCCGUCACCAAGGCUGCGAGACAGUACAUGGACCUUCGGAAACCACGUGUUACGGAGAUCCUCGAGAGCGCCAAAAGAAUUCAGAAUUCGAAGCGCGACAUGGGCAUCAUCCGUGAGUAUGCAAUGUAUUGCUUCUUCAAGGUUCUGGGUAAGUUGAAAAUGUUGUAA